AGCUGAUCCCCGGAACUCGGCCAUGUGCGCGCGGACAUGAGACUGCGGCUCGGCCUUGACACCGCCCCCAGCUACCCCGGCGCGGCUUCCGACGCAGCCCGGCUGGAUGGAGGCUCCAGGGUGGGGUGGGGGACCCCAGAACGGGUGAAAGAAGCCCAAACGCUGGAGCGAGCUGCAGGCAUCCUGGCACAUGGGCCGGUGGAGGAGCCUCCCAGCCCCCCUGCCGAGGAGCAACGUGGGAUCCCCAUCCCCAGCUCGGGCCUGCUGCAGGUCGCCGAACGGAGACAGCCCCUGAGCAGCGUGUCCUCCCUGGAGGUGCACUUCGACCUGCUGGAUCUGACCGAGCUGACGGACGUGUCGGACCAGGAGCUUGCCGAGGUCUUCACUGACUCUGAGGACGAGAACGUAGCUAGUGAGUCCCCUGCUGGUCUGCACCCGCACCCCAUCCCUCGGGCAGGGUACCUGCGAUCCCCCUCCUGGACAAGGGCCAAAGGUGAGCAGGGGCGGGAGAAGAAACACCUCAGUGACUCGGAGCUGCAAGCAGGCGUUGUCAACACGUUCCUGGCGGGGGAGAGGCCCCAGGAGGAAUAGGGGCUGGGAGCCAUGGUGCCCCUCACCCCCAAUUCCAGACAGCUUGUGACUUAAGACCCCUGCACCUAGAGAGACGUGCAAGUGCUGCUGGCUCCACGUAACACAACGCUCCCCCCUUAGUGCAGCCACAGGAUGUGGAGCAGCUGUGCCAGGGCACUGGCCAUGCUGGGCCAGGAACUCCAGGGGAGAGAGUGAUCAUCAUCACACCCUCUUAGCACUUUUGUAACCCUUUCCUGCUCAUUCUGCACAAAACCUGGCCCAGCCAGCAGUAGGGAGAGCCCUGAAGGGAGUGUACUGAGCAGGGCCAGGAGGGAGCCUGGCUGCACAGAAGGGAAAAGCAGGUUUGGAGAGAACAACCUUCCUGCUGCAGGCAGAGUUCGGAUGGGGGGGGUGGGGAGCCUUCUCUCUUCCCCCAGGGCAGGGGGAGGCAACGUACAAGGAACCUGAGAGCAAAACAGCCACGCUGGUUCUUCCCCCAUGAAGUGCUGCAGCUCAGAGCAGAACCCACCACCUUCUAGAAGCACAUUCCCUUCCCCAUGGCCUUACGCCUGUACGGGCUUUAGCUCUGGUGUAAGGGCUGCACUGCUGGAGAUGCCAACCUGGGAACAGCAGCCUGUGCUCGUGCUCCAUCAUGCGCCUGCACCAGGAACUCUGCAGUGGGACUGGCACGCGUUAACUCACAGGGCUGUGAGGAACCCCUGGGUCUGAAUUAUGACAACUGCUCUGCCAUUGUUACAAGGAGGCCCAGUUCCAUCUCUGGAAGCAGCGUGGGUCACUGCCCGGUCCCUGGGGAGCACCACGGGGCCGGGGGCAGCUGGACAGAUGUCUUUCAGCGUAGAACUGGACUAGGCUGAAGGAAGCUGGACCAUGAGCCUGAACAUACAGAUCCUGCUGGAGAGGGCGCUGGGGCGAGGCAGGAGGGGCUGUGUUCACCUGAUCCUUUCACCACUGACA